GUUGCCCCGGAGCCGCGUUGGCCGCGGGUCCCGGCCCGGCGAUGUCGUUCCGCGACCUCCGCAAUUUUACCGAGAUGAUGAGGGCGCUGGGGUAUCCCCGACUCAUAUCCAUGGAGAAUUUCCACACCCCAAACUUCAUGCUUGUGUCAGAAGUGCUCCUGUGGCUGGUGAAAAGGUAUGAACCUCAGACUGAUAUUCCUGCUGAUGUGGAGACAGAACAAGACCGGGUUUUCUUCAUCAAGGCCGUAGCUCAGUUCAUGGCUACCAAAGCUCACCUCAAGCUCAACACCAAGAAGCUGUACCAGGCCGAUGGGUACGCGGUGAAGGAGCUGCUGAAGGUCACCUCUGUGCUCUACGGGGCCAUGCACACCCAGGGGGGGCAGCGGGCAGACCUCAGGGAGGAGGACUCUGCCAAGUUCAAGUUGGAUCUGGGCUCAAAGGUUGCUGACCUGAAGGCAGCUAGACAGCUUGCUUCUGAAAUCACCUCCAAAGGAGCAGUUCUGUAUGACUUACUUGGCAAAGAAAUGGAGCUAAGGGAAGCAAGAACAGAAUCUAUUGCCAGACCUUUGGAGAUAAAUGAGGCUGAGAAGGUGAUGAAAAUUGCCAUUGACAGUGUUCUGGAACAAGUCCAAAAGACUAAAGACAUGUUGAAUAAUGUGGCUUUGGAUGAAAGCAAUUUGGAAGCCAAGAUUGAAAAACGAAAAUUGGAACUGGAAAGAAGCCAGAAGAGGCUACAGACUCUACAAAGUGUUCGUCCUGCUUUUAUGGAUGAGUACGAGAAGAUUGAGGAGCAGCUGCAGAAACAAUACAGUAGUUACCUCGAAAAAUUCCGUAAUCUGACCUACAUGGAGCAACUCCUGGAUGAUCAUCGACGGGCAGAGCAAGAGAUGUUUGAGGAAGCAGCAAACAUGUUACGUCUGAUGCAGAACAGGCUGAAGGAAGAGGAGCAACACCUGCUAAAGAGUGGAGGAAAUGAUGAUUCUGACAUCGACAUUCCGGAGGAUGAAGGAUCUGACAGUGAACUGGAAGGGCAGAUCAUGAAGCAGCACACCAGUACAGAAGCUCUGCUGCAAGGAAGAGCUGGCACACGGAUCGUGGGAACAAUGCAAGGUGGAGACACGGAGGAAGAUGGGACACCUGCCCCAGCACGGCCAGGCUCGCACAAGGUCACCACCAAGGCACAGGAGGACUCGGGGGACAGUGAGAUUGACCUGGAUGAAGAUGAUGAUGAGGAGGAGGAUGAUCUGGAAGAUGACAGCAUGGAAAUCUCCCCAAGCAAAUCCAGCCACCGAGCAAGGAAGCCAGAGCCACUGGAGCAAAGUGAUAAUGACUUCUGACUCUUCAGGAGCAGGAGGCGUCUUGAAACAGAAACUUUGGAGAGAAUGCAGGCCAGGAGCAAAUAUCCUGCCAUUUGAAAAGUGCGUGUCAGCAUGAAUUUAGGAGUUGGUGAAUAAUGGUCAUUAAACUUAAAAAUUAAACUCGGAUUGCCAGGCUUGUGACUCUCGAAGCAUGAGCAGUUUAUCCAUAAUGAGAAUCACAGUAAUGUGAUGUUAUUUCCAUAAUUGCACUAAACUGGCUCUCGUGCACUGCAGUGCCAGAAGUCUCACUCCAGUGAGCACUGUGUACCUGAUUUCCCUGCAUUUUAUUAUGUCCAAACAGUUUUUUUUUGCUUAAUAAAACUGGAUUAAAAGCUA